AUGGAUCCCGAGGACGGCCUGCGCCUGCAACGACACAAGCAGCGUCGCGUGGCGGAUAAGGAGCGGAAGCGGGCAGUUCGAGCCUGUGACGGAUGUCGGCGACUCAAGGAAAAAUGCGACGGAGGAGUCCCUUGCCGCCGGUGCACCCGUCUGCGCCGGCAGUGCGAGUUCCUCACGCCCACGACGCGGGAUGAGCCCGGAACUGAAAACAUGACUAGGCCCCGCCCAUCGCAGCAUGAUGACUCCCAGUUGAGUCAGAGAAUGUCCUACAUGGAGCGGCUUCUUGCGCACUACACCGGCAAGAGCACACUCGACGCCGAGACGUUGAAGACCUUGGCCGAGUCUGUGGAGAAGGGACGACGCACCGGCCCGGAGGCGGCUCCUGGGGCCGGUGCUGAAGCCGAUGUCACCAUGGAGACGGAGGUCGGCGCCGAGGCAGAGGUGCAAUCACAGAGCUCCGACUCGUUCAAGGUGGACGAGAUAACAGUUCAGCCUCUGGAGAACAACAUCACACACUACUCCGGUGAGUUCUCGCACUGGAACUUCUCCAUGCGGAUAAAGCACUGGAUCGAACAAUGUGUAAACGACGCCCCGGAUGGUCCCAAGACACAGUUCAAGGAGUACUAUCGCCCAGAAGAACUCCAGUCGCCCUCCAACACCGUGGCGUCCCUCUCAUCCCUGCCCCCGCGCUAUGUCGCAGACUUCCUCGUCCAGGCCUUCUUCAACCAUGCCGAAACCAGCUACUUCUACGUCGAGCGCCACUGGCUGAUGGACAGGCUGGACCUGGUGUACGAGAACUCGGCCUCUCUGACGCGUCGAGAUGUCGGUACCGUGUGCAUGAUUCUCAUCAUCUUUGCCAUUGGCACGCAGUAUGCCUACCUAGACUCCCGGAACGAGAGGGGCGGGCCGCCGAGUGCCGCCGCCGAUUCGAGCCCCUUUUCAGAGGACACUAUCGGCAUCAUGUUCUACCAGCAGGCAUGCCGGCUGGUCCCAGACGUGAUCACGAUAUCGUCGCUGGAGAGCGUCCAGGCUUGUCUCCUCAUAGGCCUCUACACCUUACCCCUCGACGCCUCGGGACUGUCGUACGUGUACCUCAACCUGGCAGUCAAGCUCGCGAUACAAAACGGGAUGCAUCGGAAGCACCCUGGGGACGGCAUCAAUCCCGUUAUCCGUGAGACGAGGAACCGUGUAUGGUGGACAGCCUACACAACAGAAAAGCGCAUCGGCAUAUUCCAUGGCCGGCCAGUAUCUAUUGCAGCCAGCGACGUCGACGCCGAGCUACCGGUCGACAGGCCAGAGAUCUGGCCCGGUUCAGCACCACCAAACACGGCACACAUGCUGGCAACGCUACAGCUCAACAACGCUCUCAGCCGAAUAGCCCACCAAAUAUCCCUCUUCAAGACGUUUGAAAAGAACGAGAUACCCGAGGGCAUGGCCAAACUCGUCGAGAUGAAGGCCCAACUCCACAACUGGUGGAACAGCCUCCCCGAGCCGACCUUCAUCAAAGACCCCACCACCGGCCCCGCCGUCUUCCGCCCGACAAUGCACCUGAGGCUAGAAUACUGCCUCGUCCGCAUGUUCGCCGGCCGACCCUUCAUAUUCCCCCGCGACUCGGCCCGCGGCAGCACCGCGAGCUCCUCCGGCUCACCCGCAGACUCCGUCGCCGUCACCGUGCUCCCCCCCGGCCCCGGCCCCGGCCCCCGCGCCACCACCACCACCAGUAGCGGCGGCACUACGACGACGACCACCACCAGCAAAACCACCCACCCCCGCGCCGUCCUGGUGGCAGACUGCGUCGACGCGGCCCUCUGCGUCGUGGAAACGUGCCGCCUUCUCCGCAACACCGUCGGCCUCGCCCGCGCCUCGUACACGGAAUUCUCCUCCUGCCGCGCCGCCCUACUCGUCAUCAUCACGCAGUGCCUGCAAAUGAAGACGGACCGCCUCCGCGAUGCGCUGCGCGAGGGCAUGGCGAUGCUGAGAGAAAUGUCCGCAGGCGGCGAGUCGGCCAAGUCGGAAAUGUCCCUCAUUGAGGCCUUUGAGCGCGCCAUCUCCCGGCUGGACAUGGCGGACGAGACCAACGGCGGCACCACCGGCGGCGGCAGCUCCUCCGGCGCCAAGGAGUCGGACUAUGCGCGUUUCAAAAAGUGGGAGAUGCUGUGGAAGACGGACACGCCGGCGCAAGGAGGGGAUACGAGGAGCGAGAGGGACGGCCACGACGCGGCGGUGCCGAUCCCGCCGCACCCCUCGGGCUUGUGGCGGGGCGCCCACGGCCAUUCCGGGGGAGAAGGAGGCGGAGGAGGCCAUGUUGCUCCCGGCGCGGGGCGGCAGGGUACGGCGUCAUUGCCGCCGGCGAUGCCGUUCUUUGGUCUCGAUGGGAGCCUGUCGCCGAUGCCGCCCGCGCUAGACGAGUUCUCGGCUAUGUUUGGGAAUGGCUACGUGCCGGGCUUCGAAGGUAUGGGCGGAAGCGUGAAUGGGAACUGGAUGGGUCUCUAA